AUGCGACAGAUCACAUGCUCCGUCACUACCGCAUGUUGUUCUGAGUCCGGUUAUAAGCUCUUCCCGAAGUAUGCAACCCGAAAGGCGACGAGCACUAGGCGGCAAGUGCUAUCCGUCUUAUCGAUUGCCUGUGCGGAAACGGAAGCGUUCACGCACUCAGUCUCAGAUUUUGACAAAUGCAUUCAGCGGUACCGACACCGGCUCGUCUAUGCUGUAGAGCACUCGUUCACCCACCCACCGUACGUUGCGCUGACCGUGAUUUCCUGA